GAGCAGCCUGCUGUCACUGUGGAGCGCAAACCUGCGGCUUCACACACAUCCAGACCGAAAGAGCAGCAACACACCGACUGGUGUCAUGGACGGAAAACUUCUUCACACACGAUUAUAACGUGUUUUCUGUGUCUUCUAUGUGUGUUUGAUUUAACUCUGGGCUAUGGAUCGACUGGAUGAAUGGAGCUUCAAGUCCAAGAAAAUGGAGCUGGAGGAGGAUUUCUACUUCGACUACAGAGCGGAGGAAAUGACAGAUUAUCAAGACCCCAGUGAACUUGUGGUUGCUUUAAAACAAAAGGAGGAAGAGGUUAUUUUGGCAGCCCAGCUGGGAAACGCAUUGCUGCUGGAAAACCGUCAGCUGAAAGAGCAGAGCGACAAACUUCAUGAGGAAUACGCAGACAAGCUGGAGGAGCUGGAGCAGGGCAGGCAUGAGCAGCGGCUGAAGCUGGAGGGUUGCCAGUCCCAGUGGGAGAGCCAGGUGUUGGACCUGGAGAGGGAUGUGAGGGAGCUGAGCGCCCAGGUGGAGCGGCUCACCCGGGCCCUCGGGGAGGCCGAGAGGGACAAGAGUCGAGCCCAGCUGGAGCAAAGCGAGCUCACACAGCGACUCAGGGAGCAGCUCAACACUACGAUGGAGGUGGAGAGAGCCAUGUCCGGUGAGCUGCAGGUUCUGAAACAGGAGCUCCAACUAAAAGGAAGCCACAAUAGGCCGCAGGACGAGGAGCUGAUCAGUGCCAUGAGGGAGCAGGUGCUGCGUCUCACCCAGAAGGAGCAGGUGCUGGAGGAGCGUUUGGAGAGCGUGUGUCAAGAAAACACUGAGCUGAGGGCGAGUUUGGCCUCUUUGCACACCCGCAAAAGUCUGCAGGACCAACUCAACCAGCAGCACAGCCAACAGCUAGCUGGGGCGUUGCAGGAGGUGGAGGCGGCGCGUGGUCGCUCACAGCAACUGCAGGCCCAGGUGGAGGAGCUUCAGGAGGAGGUGUCCCUGCAGGAAGGCAGGAGCCACGGAGACGCCUCCCUGCUGUCCGAGCUGGAGAGCAGCCUGGAGACGGCAGGGCUGGGAGUCAGCAAAGAAGAGAUUACACAAGAAAUGGGGUCCAUCCUUCAGUUACUGCUCCCACUGACUCAGAAACUGAACAGCUCGGGGAGGUCAGAGGUCGUUGAUCAACAGGAAGACCUACAGGCAAUGCUGCAUCGGCUGAAGGGAGUGGCCCAAACCCUAGCAUGGACAUCCAGCCCUCAGGAGCUGAAUCAAGCUUUUGUCGACAGGACGGGCGAUCAGUGUGGGAAUCCGAGCGCAGCACAGGAGCUGAGAGAUCAGAACGUCCAGCUGCAUCAGGAAAACACUGAACUUAAACAGAAGCUGCAAGAUGUGCAGGAACAGGCUGAAGUGGUCCAACAGUCCAUCAGAGACCGAGAUGAAGCCAUAGCCAAGAAAAACCUGAUGGAGGCCGAGUUGGUGAGAAGUAAAAACGACAUGAUGUCUCUCAACAACCAGUUAUUGGAAGCCAUCAAUCGUAAACUGGAGCUGUCACAGGAACUGGAGGCCUGGCAGGACGACAUCCAGAUCAUCAUCAACCAGCAGCUCAGGUCCCAGCAGCAGAUGGAGUAUCCUCAGACGAAGUCCACCUCCAACAGCAUGUCCUUCUUCCGCAGGCCCAGCAGGACGGCCUCCACCUGGACACGCCAGACCUCCUCCUCCUCCUCCACCUCUUCCUCCACCUGGAGUUCAGACGCUAAUCAGGGCAAAACUCAAUCCCCCUGGAGGGACUGGUUAAGACGUGGAAAAGGGGCAAACAAUGGACAGUGAGUGCUAAAUCCACCACCUGAGUACUGAGGAGAGGAUGUGUCAGGAGGAUGGGUCACAAGUGCAGCUUCCAGUACAUCAUGUGUGAUGAAAAGAAGCCAUAAAGAGACUUAAUUCAGCGAUGAACAACAGAGCAACUGGGGACAAAGACUUGCCAAAUUGGCACUUAAUCGUACACAUUUCACUGAGAGGCUGAGCCUUCCUAAAAUAUAAAAUGUUACAACACUAAUUUUUCACAGAAUUACAUGAGAGGGUUUGCUUGAGACUGUAAAUAGUGUGCCUUAUUUUGUAAUAUUGUGUACGUCUUCAUGUGUGAGACUUUAUAUGGUAUAUGUAGAUCAACGAAAAGUAUUUGUUCAGAAUAUUUAAUGUCACAGAUCAAAGAGUGAGAGAUAAGUACCAGAAAAUAAGCGAUCAAACAAUGCAUUUGUAAUCAUGCUGAUUUGUGACUGCCCACCAAGUUUGAUAUGAGAAGUUAGUUUUUUUGACUUUCAGCUUUGUUCAAAAGUUAAAUAUGUGAAAAUGUUCAUUGUACAAGAAACACUGUAUGUAUUUGUGUACACUGAGAUAGCUGUUAUUUUUUACAAUUCUGUUUUUGUUCUCUGAAUGAUGACUUGGUGCGGUAUGAAUCUGUGUAUAGCAGUGUAUACACAGAUUCAUUAUAUGUGUAUGUUUUGUGACUCAAUCUUCAAUAUUAAAGCUGCUCAGUACA